GCAGCAGCAGCAGCAGCAGCAGCGGCAGCAGCAGCGGCAGCAGCAGCAGCAGCAGCGGAGGUUGUUUGUUCUGCAAGCGGGUGCUGAGUCAGCCAGAGUAAAGUUCCGGCUUUACUCUGCCACAUCCGACUGACGGCUGCCUGCAGAGAAACAUUAAACCCAGGGCUGUUUCACCGCAGCACUUAGCAGGGCCGCAGACUUUUAGACUUUUAUACAGCUAUAUACACCUUCAGUUUCACUGUGACUUAUGUGUAGCAUCAUCAUAGAUAGAUAGAUAGAUAGAUAGAUAGAUAGAUAGAUAG